AUGCCUGGUGCCAGCGUCGCAGUGCUUCCGCCGCCGCCGCCGGUCUCGGCAUCAUCCUCGCGGAAGGCGUCCCUCGCCCCCGAGCGCAAGUACAAGUGUCAGUUCUGCAACAGGGCCUUCAGCAGGAGCGAACACCGAAGCCGACACGAGCGAUCCCCCCCGUCCGCCGUUGAAGCUAUGGCGUGCGCGGGCUUCUCGUCCUGCCCGCCUUCCCUCCUCCCCCCGCCCUUUGCCGUCGUGAUCCUUACUCUCUCGCGUGCCGUCGCGGAUGCUGACGAAAUCCCAGACACAAAGGAACGACCGUUCAAAUGCAUGAAGUGCAGGAGCACCUUUGUCCGCCGCGAUCUUCUUCUCAGGCAUGACCGGACCGUGCACGCCAAGGACGGCGGCAUCCCGCUGCACAGCGACGGCAAACGUCGUGCCGGCGGCCCCAAGACUCGAACCAUCAGCGGCCCCUCCAAGGCGGCCCUGCCUCUGGACACGUCGACCCUGGAGCAGAUGGAAGCCGGCAACGAUGGCAUAUUCGACGUCGAGACGGCGGCCAUGCUCGUCGCCGACCUGCAUCACAAGGCCACGGCGGCCAUGCGCGGCGACGCCGGCGCCUACGACGACGCCUCCUCCAUGGCCUACUCGCCACGCCGCUCCUCCAUCGUCGAGUCGACCGUCACCUAUCCGUCGGGCGCCAUUGCCCUUCCCCAGAUGCAGUGGGAGAGCUUCAUGGCUCCGUCCGUGACCGAGCCCAAGGCCCACUCCAUCUCGUCGAGCACCUCGGGCUCCUUCGAAUCGCACCACUCGUUUGCCGCCGCCCAGCAGCAAGCCGGCAAGCUACCGUCCAUGGCCAGCCCGCGCGCAAAGGCCAGGACCGGCUCGCAACCCGCCGCCGCCGCCUCCGCCGCCGCCGCCGCCAGCUCGGCGUCUCAGCCUCCCCCGACACCCAACGCCUCGCACGCGGGCUUCAAGGCACCGCAGGUCGACGACGACGACGAGCGCAACGCCGUCCUAGACACGCUGCGGAGCUACGAUGGCGAGCAUGCCAUCCCCGAAGGCUUCCGCCUUCCGGGCCUGGGCUCGUUGAACCGUUACCUGGCGACGUACUUUGGCAUGUUCCAUCACCACCUGCCCUUCCUGCACCCGGCCUCGUUCAAGCCGGCCCAGGUGUCGUCCCCGCUGCUGCUGGCCGUCCUGAGCAUCGGCGCCCUGUACUCGUUCGACCAGGACCAGGCCUACAUGCUCCACAUCGGCUCCAAGGUGCUCGUCAACCAGUUCCUGCAGAACAAGGAAAACUUCAGCUCCCGCAAGUGCCCCCUGUGGACCAUGCAAAGCUCCCUCCUGAACAUGGUCUUCGCCAGCUGGAGCGGCGACCCCAAGGGGCUGGAGUGGGCCUGCUCCAUCAAGAGCCUGCUCGCCAACAUGGUGGCCGGCAACCGGUACGAGCUCAAGCUUCGCCAGGAGGCCCGCGGCGCCGUCAAGCCCGCGCGCUCGGAGUGGGUCGAGGACGAGGGCUGCCGACGCACCUACUACGCCGUCUACAUCUUCUUCGGCAUGCUCACCCUGACGUACAACCACACGCCGGCCAUCGGCUUCAACGAGUUUGAGGACCUCCAGCUGCCCUCGACGGAGGCUCUCUGGAACCUGCAGGUCGCCGACGAGGCCGCCUGGCGAGCCCAGCUGACGGCGUCCCCGGCCGUGACCUUUAUGGACGCCCACGACAACCUCUUCCAAGGCGAAACGCUCACGUACAGCGCCUUCGCCACGCGCGUCAUGAUCAACGCCUUGUUUCUCGAGGUCUGGUAUCACAAGCGAAGCCCCGAGGCGCUUCAGGACGUCGUCACCGAGUACAAGCUUCGGCUUGCCCUCGAGACGUGGGAGAAGUCGUUGGACCUGUGCGAAGCCGAGUCGGUCGUCGUCCCCCUCAGCGGUCCCCUCAAGGGCCAGCAUCCCCUCGUCUUCAACGCCAAGGCCAUGUAUCGCAACGCCCGCGGCCGCCUCGAGGUGGAUCUCAAGGGUGUGCAGGAGGCGCUGCGGUACCACGACCCGUACGAGGUUGCGGCGGCCAUGUCUCACGCUCGAGACCGCGUGAAGCGCUCGAGCGAGAUGAUCAAGGUCAUUCAGGAAUGCUACAACUGCAUCGAGACGGCCGUCGUCCAAGGCAUCCGCUGGGUGGCUCGAACCUCGCCCACCAACUGGAGCGUCGAGCACCCUCUCUGCGGCAUGGAUCUCAUCAUCAUCCUGUCGCUGUGGCUCUAUCGCCUGGAACACGACGAAGAGCCCGCGACGCCCGAGGAGGUGGACAUGUACAACAAGAUUCGACUCCUCUUCAAGAGGGAGUCGAUGGACGGCUACACGCCGCACCUCAGCUCCGUCAUCGCCCGACUCUGGGGCUCGAUGCUCGACGAAGUCGUGGUCUGGGGGAUCACGCGCUUGAUGGGCGAGUCGUUCAAGCUGCACUCGCAGGCUCUUGUUGGCUACGUCGACGACCCCGAAGCUUCCUCGGCCGCAUCCACGCCCUCCAUGACCUCGCAGGGUGCGGAUGAGGACAGCGUGUAUUAA